GCCCCGAGGCCGGGCCCGGGGGCGCUGGGCGGUGGGAUGCGGCGUCCGGGGCGGCGAUGACCGCGGAGCGCAUGCUGCGGGCCUGGCCGUGACCCCGCUGCCCGCCCGCCGAGGUCCGGACAGGCCGAGAUGACGCCGAGCCCCGCGUUGCUGCUCCUGCUGCCGCCGCUGCUGCUGGGGGCCCUCCCACCGGCCGCCGCCGCCCGAGGCCCCCCGAGGAUGGCGGACAAGGUGGUCCCGCAGCAGGUGGCCCGGCUGGGCCGAACCGUGCGGCUGCAGUGCCCGGUGGAGGGGGACCCACCGCCGCUGACCAUGUGGACCAAGGACGGCCGCACCAUCCACAGCGGCUGGAGCCGCUUCCGCGUGCUGCCCCAGGGGCUGAAGGUGAAGCAGGUGGAGCGGGAGGAUGCCGGCGUGUACGUGUGCAAGGCCACCAACGGCUUCGGCAGCCUGAGUGUCAACUACACACUCACUGUGCUGGAUGAUGCUCGCCCGGGGAAGGAGAGCCUGGGGCCUGACGGCUCCUCUGGGGGUCAAGAGGACCCCGCCAGCCAGCAGUGGGCACGGCCCCGCUUCACACAGCCCUCCAAGAUGAGGCGCCGGGUGAUCGCACGGCCCGUGGGCAGCUCCGUGCGGCUCAAGUGCGUGGCCAGUGGGCACCCUCGGCCCGAUAUCACGUGGAUGAAGGAUGACCACGCCUUGACACGCCCAGAGGCCGGUGAGCCCAGGAGGAAGACAUGGACGCUGAGCCUGAAGAACCUGCGGCCGGAGGACAGUGGCAAAUACACCUGCCGUGUGUCAAACCGCAUGGGUGCCAUCAACGCCACCUACAAGGUGGAUGUGAUCCAGCGGACCCGCUCCAAGCCUGUGCUCGCCGGCACGCACCCAGUGAACACGACGGUGGACUUCGGGGGGACCACGUCCUUACAGUGCAAGGUGCGCAGUGAUGUGAAGCCCGUGAUCCAGUGGCUGAAGCGGGUGGAGUACGGCGCUGAGGGCCGCCACAACUCCACCAUCGAUGUGGGCGGCCAGAAGUUCGUGGUGCUGCCCACGGCUGACGUGUGGUCGAGGCCCGAUGGCUCCUACCUCAAUAAGCUGCUCAUCUCCCGCGCACGCCCAGAUGAUGCGGGCAUGUACAUCUGCCUCGGCGCCAACACCAUGGGCUAUAGCUUCCGCAGUGCCUUCCUCACUGUGCUGCCAGACCCAAAACCACCAGGGCCACCUGUGGCCUCCUCAUCCACGGCCACUAGCCUGCCGUGGCCUGUGGUCAUCGGCAUCCCGGCCGGCGCUGUCUUCAUACUGGGCACCGUGCUCCUGUGGCUCUGCCAGGCCAAGAAGAAGCCAUGCACACCUGCUCCUGUGCCUCCUGUGCCGGGGCACCGCCCACUGGGGAUGGCCCGUGACCGCGGUGGGGACAAAGACCUUCCCGUGUUGGCUGCCCUCGGUGCUGGCCCUGGUGUGGGGCUGUGUGAGGAGCAUGGGUCUCUGGCAGCCCCCCAGCAUCUGCUGGGCCCAGGCUCGGUUGCUGGCCCUAAAUUGUACCCCAAACUCUACACGGACAUCCACACGCACACUCACACACACUCACACACACACUCACAUGUGGAGGGCAAGGUCCACCAGCACAUCCACUAUCAGUGCUAGAUGGUCCCGCCUCUGCGGUGGGCACAUGGCCCCGGCCAGAUAGGCAGGCUGGGAGGAUGGAGGACAGGCGGCAGACGAAGGGGGGCCCACGGCGAGGAGGCACGGCCAGCACCCUGGGGCACCCAGUGUAAAGCAUAGCCCCUGGACAUACACAGACAGAGACAAGCUGCCUGGACAUCUACAUACACACACGUGCACACACGGAGACAUGCCUGAACCACACUCAGAACUAUGCUGCCCUAACACACAUGCACACAGACAUGCCCGAACACACGCACACACAGAUAUGCCUGAACACACAGACAUACCUGAACAUGUGCACAGAUAUGCCUGAAGACAGACAUGCCUGAACACGCACACAAAGAUGCCUGAACAUGCACACGCAGACAUGCCUGAACACAGACAUGCCUGAACAUGCACACACAGAUAUGCCCGAACA